CGAGAAGGUUGUUGGCAUAUUCUGUACCCAAGCUGUGGAUCUCACACUCAUUCUUUGUCGUCGCAACACAAACCCUAAUUGCUAUUCUUAUCCCAAUCCUCUGCUUCUGCUUCUGCUUCUCAAGGAUUCCUCUACCCUUCAUUUGUUCACCGAUUGUUUCUCAGCUUAGGGUUAACUUUAGGGUUUCGCUCUUUCCCGAUUUGUUAUUUUCCUCGGCUUCGGUUUGUUACGUUUCGGGGGUUUGAGCUUUCAACCCUUUUGAUUCGUAAAGUAGGAUCCAUAUUUUUUAUGGCAUUUGAGUGCCCAAAGAGUACAGAGGUUUCGCAAAAUUUGGUACGCUUUGUAGCAAAUCCAGGCAUAGGCAUAGUUGAACAAAAUCACCUUAGUUCCAAAUCCCUCACCGAAGGAAUAGCAACCUCAAAUCUUGUUCCAGAUACCAAACCUGAAUCUGGGAAGGGUGUGAAGUUAAAGGGAGCAUCCAAGAUUAAUUCCAAGAAAGGAAUCAAAGCCUCGGCCAAAGCAUUGAACCAAUCAUCAAUUCCUGGUGAUGUGAAUUUUGAUUGUGGUUUGUCCAUCACUGACCUACCUGUGACGUUGAUAUCUGAGAUUCUCAAUUGCCUUGACCCCAAAGAUCUAGGCGUUGUUUCGUGUGUCUCCACGAUUUUCCAGGGAGUUGCGUCCGAGCACCAUGCUUGGAAGCAAUUCUAUUGUGAAAGGUGGGGGCUUCCAACAGCUUCCUUGCCUGUGGAUUCAGGUGUUGAGGAUGAUAAGUCAUGGAAGGAACUUUUUGUGGAAAGGGAGUUUAGGAGUAAGACUUUUAUGGGACGGUAUAGUAUUGAUGUCUUGUAUGGCCACACUGAAGCAGUUCGGACUGUUUUCCUAUUGGCUUCUGCGAAGCUCAUAUUUACCUCUGGGUAUGACUCUGUUGUGAGGAUGUGGGACAUGGAGAAUGGGUUGUCAAUUGCAUCGUCACGGCCCCUUGGCUGCACCAUUCGUGCCGUUGCAGCAGAUAGAAAACUGUUGGUUGCUGGCGGUACUGAUGGAUUUAUUCAUUGCUGGAGGGCUGUUGAAGGACUGCCUCACCUGUUUGAGCUUAGAGCCUCACAAAACCAGAAUAGUGAGGUUCGACUUUGGGGACAUGAAGGCCCGAUAACUUCACUUGCUUUAGAUUUGACAAGGAUUUACAGUGGUUCAUGGGACACCACUGUUCGAGUGUGGGACCGUAAUUCAAUGAAGUGUACUGCAGUGAUGAGGCACAGCGACUGGGUCUGGGCGCUUGUCCCUCAUGAUACUACUGUUGCCAGCACAUCAGGUUCAGAUGUGUAUGUUUGGGAUACUAAUAGUGGGGCUUUGAUGACCAUUGUUCACAAUGCUCAUGUUGGUAAUACUUAUGCUUUGGCACGGAGCCAUACAGGGGACUUCCUUUUCACUGGAGGUGAAGAUGGUGCAAUUCACAUGUAUGAGAUUGUAAAUGAUGGUUAUGAGUCUAAAUCUUGGCAUGUUGCUGCUUGGGUUCCUCACUCAGCUGCUGUGUAUUCCCUUGCCUUUGAGUUUCCAUGGCUUGUUUCAGCAUCAAGUGAUGGCAAGUUGGCUCUAAUUGAUGUGAGAAAGCUGCUGAGGACUAGCAGGCGAGCUCUAGGGAAGAGAGUUUCGAAGGUAAAGCGUUUGGGUGGAGACACGGUUGAGCCUCCUCAGAGGAUGUUGCAUGGAUUUAAGAGCAAUCUUUUCUCCGUGGAUAUAGGAGCUGAUCGAAUUGUCUGUGGAGGUGAAGAAGGUGUUGUUAGGGUCUGGAAUUUCACAGAAGCCUUGGAAAUUGAGCGAAGAGUCCGAGCAUUAAGAGGUAUACGAUUGGAGAACAGAAUGAGGCGGCGAAAGCUCCAAACGGAGCUGAGUAAUAAAAGUGGUCGGAGUGAGCAAUGCUCAGUUGCAGCUAAGAAGAAUUCUGUUACAUGUAUUUGGCCCAAUAAACGGGGGAUGAGCGGAAAGCUUAAAGCAUAGUGACUGAGGAGGCCAUCUAAUAUUUGCUUUUAUGCACCAACUGCCAAUCUAUUUUUUUCUUCUCAUUUUACAAAAUUGAUGUAUACCAUUUUUAGUUUCAAGCAGCGAAACUGACCGAUUUAAGUUUCUCUCUGCACAUUAUGAUAUUAUUAGUGUCUGUAGGUAGUGGUCAGAUCAGACUACUUGCAUGUACAUCUCAAAUGGUACGAUUCUGAAAUGAUAGUGUUUCUUUCUGAUUCUGACUUCUGA